UCCGCCACCCGCGCGCGUCGUCCUACCCUUCCGCGCCCUACGACGGUGUACACCGCGCCCGCGCGUGCCCUUUUCCGCUUGCGGAAACUGCGGCGAGUGUCGCGUUGUGUCCGUCGUUUCUAUUCUGUCGUAUCGCGUCGCGUCCCGUCAUCUGCGCGCUUCCCAGGGGACAUAGAGGAUAUGCCCUGCACGGGGGGGAUCGAUCCCCGUCACUGACCCAAAACUGACAUCGCCGUCGUCGUCGCGAGUGUGGUGGAAAAUCGUGUGCGCGCAAUUGGAUCGUGUAUCAUCGAUAAUUAAAUCGCCGCAAUCGUGGAUAACAACGGCCGGUACGAGAUGCAGAAGCGGGACGGCAGGGACAACCGCGGCGACAAGGAGCUCGGAGCGCGCGGCACCGAGCGCGACCAGGAGGUCACCAAACGGACCUCCAGGGGCAGCGGCAAUGCCGCCCGGUCGAACGUGCACUCGUCCCGGCACAGCGUCACCUCGUCGUCCGGCGUGCUCAUGGUCGGCCCGAACUUCCGGGUCGGCAAGAAAAUUGGCUGUGGAAACUUCGGGGAGCUUCGUCUCGGGAAGAACCUGUACAAUAAUGAGCACGUAGCAAUUAAAAUGGAACCAAUGAAGUCAAAGGCGCCACAGCUACAUUUAGAAUAUAGGUUUUACAAAUUAUUAGGUACACAUGAGGGUAUACCGGAGGUGUACUACUUCGGCCCGUGCGGGAAGUACAACGCUCUGGUGAUGGAGCUCCUUGGUCCAAGCCUCGAGGACCUCUUCGACCUCUGCGGGAGGAGGUUUACCCUCAAGACCGUUCUCAACAUUGCCACACAGCUCCUCCAUAGGAUAGAAUAUGUUCAUAGUCGGCAUUUGAUAUACCGCGACAUCAAGCCGGAAAAUUUUCUGAUAGGACGAUCCACUACCAAGCGGGAAAAAGUUAUUCACAUAAUCGAUUUUGGACUAGCCAAAGAGUAUAUAGACCUGGAAACGAACAAGCAUAUACCGUAUCGGGAACACAAGAGUCUCACCGGCACGGCGCGUUACAUGAGCAUUAACACGCAUCUUGGCAAAGAGCAGAGCAGAAGAGACGACCUGGAGGCAUUGGGUCAUAUGUUCAUGUACUUCUUGCGUGGCAGCCUGCCGUGGCAAGGGCUGAAGGCCGACACGCUGAAGGAGCGCUAUCAAAAGAUUGGCGACACGAAACGAGCGACACCGAUCGAGGUGCUCUGCGACGGCCAUCCCGAGGAGAUGGCCACGUAUCUACGCUACGUACGCAGGCUGGACUUCUUCGAGACGCCAGACUACGAGUACUUGAGGAAGCUCUUCCACGAUCUGUAUGAGAGACGUGGCUUCGUCAAUGACGGUGAAUUUGACUGGACCGGCAAGACGAUGUCGACGCCCGUCGGAUCCCUUCAAACUGGCCAGGAGAUCGUCGUAUCACCAAAUCGCGAUCGGCAUCCCGCCGCUUACAAGGUGGUAUCGUCAACUAAUGGAGAAUUGGCUAACGAUGAUCCUACCGCUGGUCACUCUAAUACACCAAUCACAGCGCCUCAGGAAGUGGACAUGAUCGACGAAACCAAUGUUUGCUUCAUUUCCAGAUGCUGUUGCUUCUUCAAGCGCAAGAAGAAGAAAAGUGGAAGACAGAAAUGACUGUCCGUUACCGUUGGUCUCGGGGGGGCGGUGCAGUGCGCGGGUAAUAGUGCCGACGAGACCGUGGAAGUCGUCGCCACAACGUCAAGGACUGGCAAGCGCGGCGCGGGAACGGGAGUACGUGUAGGCGCAGGUACAAUGGGUGGUAUCACAGGCAGCGCUGAUCCUGAGAGAGAAGCCGUCACUCUGCUACGCGUCGGCAGCCGAUCCGCGUCACGGGACUCGGUGCUGCACACCACUGUCACGAUGACGCCGACGCCGACGCCGCCGCCACUGUCGAACUGAAUCAUCAUUGUCAUCAACACUAUCACACAAUCAUUCUACAUCGCCGCUAUUAUUAUUAAUUGGACGGUUGCGCGACAAAGUCGAGAUCGAGAGAAUGAAGCUGCUUUUCCUCUGGCCAAUCGAGCUGAUCUCUUCGAUAAAUAAGCGGACUCGCUGACGACGGUUCAGGCACUCGCUCCUUAGUGUAGUGAAAUUCUGUAGUAAUAUCAGUACCAUUGCGAUCAGAAUUGUCUUGGUUAUGUGUUACGAUGAAAGCGCGGUCAAUUAUCGGUUUUACUUAAAACUCUAUUCAGAGAACCUGAUACAUUGAUGCCGGACAUUCACUGAACUUUAUCUGAAGCUACCAGAAAUUUCUUUUUCCUUGACUCAUUUUUUUAAACAGAGUACAUCUAGACAGAUGGAAAUUGGUUAAUAAGGAUAUAG